AUGACUAAGUUAACUCAUAAUAUACAGAAGAAACAACAUAGGGAACGUUCUCAAACAGAAAAGAGAUCAAAGUUUGGUUUACUUGAAAAGAAGAAAGAUUAUAGAUUAAGAGCCAAUGAUUAUCAUAAGAAACAAGCUGCUCUUGCAGCAUUGAAAGCUAAAGCAGCUACCUAUAAUCCUGAUGAAUAUUAUCAUUCUAUGACUAGGAAGAGAACUGAUGAUAAUGGUAUAAUAAUUUCAGAUAGAGAUACUGAAGUUUUAUCGGUUAAUGAGGUGAAAUUAUUAAAAACCCAAGAUGUCAACUAUAUAAGGACCUUACGUUUGAAUGAAAUGCUGAAAAUAAAUAAACAAAAAGAACUUUUGAACUUUAAAGCUAAUGGGAAACAUACCGUGUUUAUUGAUUCAAAGGAACAAUUGCAUAACUUUGAUGCCUCAGAACAUUUUAAUACUGAUGUUGCAUUAUUGGAAAGACGUGAAAAUAGAUUAACUAUAGAUCAAUUAAAAACUAAUAAAAAGAUAAUAGAGUCUCAAGAUGAAGUCUUAAAAGAAAAGAAUGAUGUCAAGAAACUAAAACAAAUAAAAUUAUUCCAAAAGAGAAUCAAUAGAGAAGCAGAAUUAAAACUGAUUGAAUCAAGAAUGGAAAAUACUAAAGAAUUAAUGAAAAAAGGUAGUAAAAAGAAAGUUAUUAAUGCUAGUGGUAAAACAGAAUUUAAAUGGAAAAAUCAAAGAAAAAGGUAA